CAGACGCGCGUAAACCACCCACGGCCACCAUGGGUGACAUCCCCCCGUGCCCGACGAUCUACGUCAACAACCUGAACGAGAAGAUCAAGAAAGAGGAGCUCAAGAAGUCCCUCCACGCGGUCUUCUCGCAGUUCGGAAAGAUCAUCGACGUCGUCGCGGUCAAGACGUACAAGCUGCGCGGCCAAGCCUGGGUCGUGUUCCAAGACGUCGCGAGCGCGACCGCGGCGAUGCGCGCCGUACAGGGCUUCCCCUUCUUCGACAAGCCGAUGAAGCUCGCGUACGCCAAGGCGAAGAGCGACGCGACCGCGAAGCUGGACGGGACGUACGACCCGUCCGCGCGCGACCCGGAGGCGCGCGCGAAGCGGAAGGCGGCGAGUCAGGCGGAGGAGAAGGCGUCGCAGGCGGCGAAGGCGGAGGCGGAGGCGAGAGGGGGCGGAUCGGCGCCGAUUCGAACGGAUCCGUCCGCGCCGCCGAACGAGAUCCUGUUCGUGCAGGGGUUACCGGAGGCGACGACGGCGGCGAUGUUGUCCAUGCUGUUCCAACAGUUCCCCGGAUUCAAGGAAGUGCGCAUGGUGGAGGCGAAGCCCGGGAUCGCGUUCGUGGAGUUCACCGCGGAGACGCAAGCUUCCGUGGCGUUACAAGGGUUACAAGGGUUCAAGAUCAACCCCACGCACAGCAUGACGCUGUCGUACGCGAAGAAGUAAAGCGAGACGAGAUCGAACCGCGCGCGAGUGCCUAUAUACUAGCACGUUUAGGAG